CCCGAUUGCAACUAAUCGAUUCAUGCAAGGCUAUAAUCGAUCGAGUUGUACGCCCAGAUUGCCUUAAUUACUACCCUGAUCAUGCCGCAUCCUUCUCGCCUAGCACGAUUUCUACCCUGAAACUGUUAAAGCCACCAUUUUUUAAAACAGCGCUGGUCUUCAGUGACAACCCCUGAUAUUUGCCGUGCACCGGUUGACGAAGUAGUCUACCGAUUGUCCCCCGAAAGAAUUUUUUCGGGCAGGGUGGGGUCUAUGGUUUGGUUUUAGGGCCAAUCGGGGCUGAUCGCUUUUGGCAAUUUUGGAUUGUUUCUAGUAUUUACUUUUUCCGGCAACACUGUCGAAUGGAAGUAAGCUUGGGUUGGGUUGAAGUUUUGAAUGUUUAGAAAGUGUGUUGUGUGGCUAUCCCAACGGAAACCAAACAGCAAAAAUGACCGUCCUCGAAUUCGUAAUACCAGAAAAUAAAGAAGAUUUACGUCAAGUUUCAAUUUCUGGACAGUAUGUUGUUGAACAAGAGUACUCAAAACAUGAGCUUCCUGGAAAAUUACGAGAUGCCUAUGUUUCCUUUUCUCGAGAAGGGACGACUUACAUCUUGACCCAUUUCGAUACUUUGUUUAGCUCGCUGAUAAAAUUUGAUCAGCUAGCUCUUAGCCAACAAAAUGAUGCAUGGAAAGUAGUUUCUCAGUCCAUCACACAAUUGAUUUCAGACAUAAAAAAAUACCUGAAUAACAGCAAUAGCAAUCCAGAUUCUUGCCAUGAGCUUGUAACAAUUACAAAAAUGAUUGUUUAUUUGCUUUGUGCCUUUCUUCAAAACUACGAAACAAGAAGCUUAAUUGUUCCUGGCUCUGACGCAAAAUCUAGCCGCAAGAAGAAGAAGCAAGUUGAUGAUGGUUUUGACCUAGAAUCUGAGAGAAACUUUGCACUUGUUAGUCUUGAUCAUCUUAUACAGAUGCCCAUUCAUAAGUUGUGGUCACCACCAGUGGUUGAGCAAGAAUUUGUUAAUCUUGUUGCAAACCUCUGCUAUAAAGUUCUUGAAAACCCUGUUAUUAGCCAUGUCAGGAUGAAAGGAACAGUAGAGGCAGUUUUCAGAGUUGUUGGUGCUUUGGUGAAACGCUACAACCAUGGAUUGAGUUGCACUCUUAGAAUGAUACAGCUACUACAGCACUUUGAACAUGUUGCCCCAGCUUGUGUUCAUGGAAUCACAACAAUGAUCGAACUUUUUAACUGCGGUUCAAUGGUUGUCGACUUGGUGCGUGAAAUCGGACAAGUAGACCCCCAUGAUCUUGCCCGUGACACAUCGAGCUCAAGAAAUUACGCCGCGUUUCUGUCGGAAUUGGCCGAAAUUCCAUCCUCUUUUAUUCCGUGUAUCAGCCUUUUGAGCGUUCAUCUAGAUGAGGAGUCUUUCACAAUGCGCAACAGUGUUCUUUCUAUAUUUGCCGAGAUUGUCUUACAGGAGCUCAGUGGAGAAGAUUUAGACGAUAGAAAGCGGGAGCUGCGAGAUCAGCUACUUGAACCUCUACUGGAACACUUGCAUGAUGUUCAUUCUUUCGUCAGAAGUAAAACACUUCAGCUUUGGCAUAAACUGAGCCUGAAGCAGGCGAUACCAUUAAGCUUACAACACAAAGUCUUAAGCAUGACCACUGGUCGGCUGAACGAUAAAACUGGUACCGUGCGGAAAAAUGCCGUUCAGCUACUGAUAGUUCUGAUGCAAGAACCCUAUGGUGAGCGCUUACCAUUAGCGGAACUCACAGCAAAGAAAGAAUCCGAGGAGGCCAAGCUCAAAGAGAUGCUACAGGGUCUUGAAAACCAGCCCCAAAAAAUUCAAAUUGAUCCAAGCAAGUGUGGACCCACGAAGACAGAGCUAUGGAAUGCAAUGGAACCGGAAAUCCUAGUAGCUAUUCAUGAGGUACUCAAUGAGGAAAUAGACUCCUUGUCAAUGUCGGAGCUAACAGAAGAUCAAGUAAUUGACUUAUUGAACACAUGCAACUACAAAAAAAUUGCUAGAGCGUUCAUCACCGAUGACGGCGAAUAUCAAGACGAUCCUACUGAAAUAUUGGAGAAAAUCAAAAUGAUAUUUGUUGGCGAAGAAGAUGAGGCAGGUGAAAAAGAGGCAAUGGAGCGUCUUGUUCAUGAAGCAGCUGAACAAGAAGCCCAACAAAAACCAGAAGAGGAGGAGAGCAAAGAAAUUAGCCAGCAGCGAAUGCUUGUACUUUAUUUAAGGGACUCACAUGCCUUUGCUAGUUCAGUUUAUGCAGCCAUCCCAAUGGUCUGCCAGCUUCUUUGUUCCAAACAGACCAGCGACAUCCUUGAGGCGAUCAACUUUUUCGUUACGGCAUUCGAGUUCGAUGUUCUAGACGCUAUGCAGGGCGUCAGGCGCAUGUUGAGCCUCAUCUGGUCUUCUGAAGACGACGUCAAAAAAGCUGUCGUGGAAGCUUACAAACGAUUAUACAUGAACAUGGAAUCAGCAGGAACCUCCAAAAGGCGUGCUCAUCAGGUGGUUUCUAAUCUUAGCGCUCUGAUAUCAAUGUCAACACAAGGUGAACUGGCGUCCUUAGAAGAAUUGAUCGCAGUGUGUGUGACAACGGGAGAUAUGCCAAAGAUCUGCUUCCAGGUUAUGUGGGAGAAAUUUUCAAUGGCUCUACCUGACACAACAGAAGAGGAGUCACGAUCUGCUCUUUUGUUACUAACUAUGGUGGCCACUGCUGAAGUCCAAGUGGUGACAAGCAAUGUGAAUGUGCUGGUGUCGGUUGGAUUAGGUGAAAGAGGCACUAAAGACUUCCGCCUUGCGCAUUUGACAUGUGCGGCUUUGAUGAAGAUGGCACCGACCAAAGCAUCAACGGAUUGCAAGGAUGAGCCAAUGCGCUUUCCACCAACACAUGAAAUAUUUCAGAGCUCUAAAAAGCUACUUGUUGAAGGCCUCACGCGUUUGGAAGACCCUUACUAUUCACAAUUUGCGACAUCGGCCGUGUCACUCAUUUACACACUUGCCGAAUAUCCCGAUAUGAUUAUGGGAGAGGUUCUUAAGGAGAUGUGUGAUAUUGUUUAUAAAUCCAGCCGAGACCAGAUCGCUAAUAUAGCAGAAAACGGAGAGCUGGAAGUGGCCACUACUGUUUUGACGCGCAUCUUAGUGGUUGCUGGCCAGGUGGCCCUUAGGCAGUUAAUCCAUUUGGACGUUCAUGUCUACAGUGAACUGAGGCGCAGAACACGAGUGCGAGAAGAAAAACAAGAAGAAUCCAGCAAACAAAAGCGCAAUCUACUUCAAUCUGCUUCUCGUCGAAGACUUUCCACACGACCUCAGGCCGAACAAAAUGAUUCAGGAGAAGAGGAUGAACUUGUUGGUGCUGUGGCUGAUGAUGAUGAAGCUGAAUACGUUCGCAAGAUUUGCGAGACGGAAAUCGUAACAGGGGGUGAAAGUUUGCUUUCCUUGCUGGCUCCGUUGGUGGUACAUGUGAAUUCCAAUCCAGCAAAAUAUCCUGAUCCAUCACUCCGGGCAGCUGCCAGUCUUUGCCUUGCUGAGUUCAUGCUCGUCUCACCGCAGUUUUGUUCACAGCACUUGCGUCUUUUAUUCACCGUACUAGAAAAAAGUCCAGAAGAAGUAAUCCGCUCCAACUUGGUCAUCGCAAUGGGUGACCUUAACUUUCGCUUUCCGAACUUGGUCGAGCCAUGGACACCUAAUUUGUACAGUAGACUACGCGACGAUUCGCCUGUAGUCAAGAGAACCACGCUGAAUGUCCUUACUCAUUUAAUUUUGAACGACAUGGUUAAGGUUAAAGGUCAGAUCUCAGAUAUUGCUCUUUGCAUGAUCGAUGCCGAUCCGAGAAUUUCAGGGAUGUCUCGAAUGUUCUUCAGCGAAUUUGCUCGCAAAGGAAACGCUUUGUACAACGUUAUGCCAGAUAUUAUUUCACGACUUUGCGAUCCCGAGGCUGGCGUUGCAGAAGAAGAUUUCCGCGUCGUGUUAAAGGGGAUUAUGGUUCUGAUCCAGAAAGAUAAACAAAACGAAUCACUCGUUGAAAAAAUCAUUUUACGAUUGGGAGCUUCGCGAACUGAGCGUCAAUCUAGAGACCUGAUCUUCUGCCUCUCGUUGCUCACUUUCAACGAGCGCUCUCUUCGCCGGGUUCUCGAACAUUGGAAUUGUAUUUCCGACAAGAUCCAUGAGGAGGGUGUUAUUGAUACUUUAAAUUCCAUUUUAGCUGCUACGAAGAAAGCGUUUGCUAAACAGGAAAUUCGUGGGUUGAUAGAAGAAAUAGAGGUCAAAAUCCAGGAAACUGUUGACACUGCCACAGAUGAACAACAGGUUAUUCGCAAAGCUCAGGCUUCGCAGGCUGUGAAAGCUUCCUCCAAGGGCAAACCAAAACAAAAGAAAUCAGUAAAGAAUUCGUCGGAAAGCGAUGAAGCUUCGAUUGAAGAAGACGAUCCAGAAAUGCUAGGCCACCCUGCUCUUAUGGAAAAAGCCACGCAGCAUAACCGAUCUCCGCGUAGAAAGCCAGCUCGACAACACGUACAAAGUAGUCGCAAAAGAAUCGCAAUUCCACAAAGCUCGUCAUCAAAUGAUGAAUUAAAUCCUGAAGAAGAAGAAGAAGAAGCAGAAGAAGAAGCAGGCAGAGCCAGUCUUGAAGUUGCCAAGGAGACGCGAUCGUCUCGAGCGAUGCAACGUCGAGCUAAGGCGAAUUGUGGUAGCGAAGAGGAUGAUUUUAUAAAACCAUCAUCACGUGCUAAUGGAGGAAAAGCCAAUCAAAUAAAGAAGGUGCCAGAGAAAACGAAAUCUUCCCGGUCACGAAGAUAACCUAAAGACUGCUGUGCUUUAACAUAUUCCGAAAGGAUUUUCUCGUUUGUGAGGCAAUUUUAUUUUUUUUUUUCUAUUUUUUUUUUCUAUUUUAUUUCAUACCUUAUUAAAUGCUUGUUUUAUUUCAUAUAAUUUUGUUUUGUAACUGAAGCUGACUUAGAUGUUUGUUUAUAAGUAUUUCUGAAAUACGAUUCUGAUCGUUAAGUAAUCCAGCAUUUGGCUAGUGGCUAGAUGAGGUUUCCUUUGGCGACCAUUUUUGCAAAAGGAGCGGUAGGAAAUAAACUGAAAUCCGAACACGUU